AUGGUUAAUCCUAUUUCGAGCACAACACAACCAGAGGCGACUGUACCUCCACAAAACGAAUCGAAUGAACGAAAUAGUAUAAAUCCAUUUUUUCGAUCCGACUUUGACGAAGGAAUUAUAAGGUGCAAGGAUGGUCUUAUUCUCAAAUGUUGGCGACCUUUAGAAGGAGUUUCCAAAACGGAAAGAAUAAUACGAGGAAUUAUUUAUUUCCUGGCAAUGUGUUAUUUAUUCAUUGGUGUUGCCAUUGUAUCGGAUCGAUUUAUGGAAUCCAUAGAGGUCAUUACAUCAAGUGAAAAACGUGUAACUGUACUUAAUAAAAAUGGCCAGAAAGAAACCAUAUCCGUCCGUGUGUGGAGUCAGACAGUGGCCAAUUUAACACUCAUGGCUUUGGGCUCGAGUGCACCGGAAAUUUUGCUUUCUAUAAUCGAAAUGUUUCAGAAGAAUUUCGAAGCUGGCGAUUUAGGUCCAGGUACAAUAGUUGGUUCUGCGGCAUAUAACCUUUUCAUUAUAAUUGCUAUAUGUAUGGUUGUAAUACCGAAAGGUCAAGUACGAAAGAUACGUGAUUUUCGAGUUUUUGUUGUGACAUCUGUAUGGUCGACAUUUGCUUACAUUUGGUUGUGCUUAAUAGUGAAAUAUAUUUCACCAGGCGUCAUUGAUAUAUGGGAGGGAUUACUAACGUUUAUAUUCUUUCCAAUUCUUGUGUAUCACGCUUACAUUACAGAGCGUCGUCUCUUCUGUCCGAAAUGUUACAAACAAUCGUACGAAACGAAUCAGCGUGGUAUCGUUGUGGGCAAAGUUGAGUCGGCCGAACAAGGCAUGGAUCCUGUACGAACAAGUAUUAAAGAUCUAGUCGAAAGUCCGGAAAUGCGCGAAUUUGAAGAAACACGCCGAGAUUACAUUAUUAAGUUGAAAGAAUUGCGUCGAAGAUAUCCAGAGUAUGAUUUGGAAAUAAUCCAAGCAAUGGCGCAGGAGCAACUAAUCAAAGAUAGCCGUAAGUCAAGAGCUUUCUAUCGCGUUCAUACUGGACGUCGUUUAACUGGGGGGCCAGGCGUACUAAACAGAGCGCUUUAUUUCGCAACUAUGGAAAUUUCAGAGACAAAGGCCGAAGCUCGUAUGCAAGGAGAGGAGGAUGAAGAGCUUUAUGAUGACUCCGAGACGUGCAUAUAUUUUGAGCACGGCCACUAUACUGUGAUGGAAAGUGUCGGAGAUGUGGAGUUGCAUGUGAUUCGGGGCGGAAAUUUGAAGCACUUAACAAAAGUUGAAUACUACACGGAAGAUGGAACCGCGAAGGCAGGCACAGAUUAUGUAGCCGUGAGAGGAGUGCUUGAAUUUGCUCCAGGCAUCGAGCUGCAAACCAUUAAAAUAAGAAUUAUUGAUGAUGAUGUCUUCGAAGAGGAUGAACACUUUUAUGUCCACCUUAAAAAUCCGAGUACGGAAGCUGUUCUUGUAGCACCUAAAGUGGCAACCAUUAUGAUCCUGGAUGAUGAUCACUGUGGCAUUUUCGGAUUCAAGGAAACACAACAUCAAAUUCCAGAAACAGUGAAAAUUUACGAAAUAUUUGUAAAACGAUAUUCGGGCGCACUUGGUAGAGUUAUCGUGCCUUAUUAUACCAAAGAGAAAACGGCAAUAUCGGGGAAAGAGUACGUGGAUGUGAGCGGCAUACUGGUAUUUGAACAUGGCGUUGUUGAGCAAAUCAUAGAAGUUCAAAUUAUCGACGAACAUAGCUUUGAAAAAGAUGUUGUCUUCGAAGUAUAUCUUGACCAACCGAGGAUUGCAGAAGAGGAUCCAUUGUACUCUCGAGUAAACGAAGUUAAACUAAAACGAGAAGAAGAAAGGACUAAUCGGGUAAGAAUUCUUGUAUCAGGACAACCGAAAUUAUCAGAUGAUAUAAAACAAAUUGAAUGUCAUAUUACUGCAAACGAGGAAUUCACACAAACGGUGAACAAGUUAGUCAAAACAGCGAAUGCUUCUAAGCUGAUUGGUACCACUUCAUGGAAGGAGCAGUUUGUGGAUGCUUUAACCGUUUCAGGUAGUGGUGACUUUAAUAGUGAAGAGGAUAAUGACGAAGACGAAGUAGAGAUUGAUGAAGAUGAAGAUAUCGAAGAGAAAGUCGGGCCCAGCCGAGGCGAAUACUUCAUGCAUUUUAUUUCAAUAUUCUGGAAAAUUUGUUUUGCGGUAAUUCCGCCAGCAAAGCUGCAUGAUGGAUAUCCGUGUUUCUUUGUUUCAAUAAUUCUAAUAGCGAUAUGUACAGCUGUGCUCGGCGAUGUCUCAUCGCAUUUCGGUUGUACGCUGGGUGUACUCGAUUCGGUCACAGCUAUAUGCUUUGUAGCGCUCGGUACCAGUUUGCCAGAUACGUUCGCGAGUAAAGUAGCCGCUGUGCAUGACAAGACGGCUGACAAUGCUAUUGGUAAUGUGACAGGUAGCAAUGCAGUAAAUGUUUUUCUUGGAAUCGGUAUAGCUUGGUCUAUGGCAGCUAUUUAUCAUGCUUUCCAUGGAAAUCAAUUCAUUGUACCUAUCGGAUCGCUACUCUUCUCAACGACACUUUUUCUCAUAGAAACAUCUGUCGCGUUCGUUGUGAUAAUAUUCCGUCGUGAAAAAUCGAUAGGCGGAGAGCUUGGUGGACCCGUCAAUCUGAAGUGGUUUCAUUGCAUUAUCCUCGUUUCACUUUGGAUUUUUUACUUAACAAUCAGCACUUUGGAGGCCUACCACAUUAUACCAGGAUUCUAA